UGACUUCGCAGUUGUACGCUGGACGAAAUGGUGUCCGUCUGUUUGCUGGGUGUUAGCUAAAGCGCUAAGCUAAAUACCCUUAGAAUUGACACGUAGCUUGUGAGUGUGGCAGGAGUUCGAGCUCUUUGCGUUUCCCGACAGGAAAUCCCAGAAAGAUGUGUCGACAGGGUGUAAAAUAGCGUUUAAUCUUCUCUAAGUGAGACAGCGAACAGGUACACUGAGGAAGCGAUGGCAGCUGGCCAGAAGAAAACCAGCGCAGAGACGUACUUGCUGUCCGGCUCCAAUGGUCUGAAUGGAUCAAAAGCACCGGCGCAAAACUGCAAUGGCAAGAAUUCCCGGCUGGCCAAGAUGACCUCAAACGUGCGGCAGAAGUGCGCGGCGUACGUUCUGGCCCUUCGGCCGUGGAGCUUCAGCGCCUCUCUGACGCCCGUGGCUUUAGGAAGUGCCCUGGCCUACAAACUGGAGGGCUCCGUGGACCUCGUCAUUCUGCUGGUGUGCGCCAUCGCCGUUCUGGUGGUACACGGUGCUGGGAAUCUAGUCAACACUUACUACGAUUUCUCCAAGGGUAUCGAUCACAAGAAGAGUGAUGACAGGACUCUGGUGGACCGGAUCCUGGAGCCGCAGGACGUGGUGAUGUUUGGCGCCCUACUUUACUCUGUGGGAUGUCUCUGUGCCACGUUGUUGUAUUUCCUUUCGACUCUGAAGCUAGAGCAUCUAGCACUUAUCUAUUUUGGAGGGCUGUCCAGUUCUUUUUUGUACACUGGAGGCAUUGGUCUGAAAUACGUGGCUCUGGGGGACGUCGUGAUCCUGAUCACCUUUGGGCCGCUGGCUGUGCUGUUUGCACAUGCAGUGCAGGUAGGUCACCUGUCUGUGUUGCCUCUGGUGUAUGCCGUGCCACUAGCCUUGCAUGCCGAGGCUAUCCUGCACAGCAACAACACGCGUGACAUGCAGUCAGAUCGCAGCGCCGGCAUCGUUACGCUCGCCAUCCUGGCUGGCCCAGCACUCUCUUACGUCCUCUACAAUGUGCUGCUCUUCGCACCCUAUGUGGUGUUCUGUGUUCUGGCCACACGGUACACCAUCAGUAUGGCACUGCCACUGCUCACUCUGCCCAUGGCCUUCCCGCUAGAGCGCCAGUUUCGCAGUCAGCACUACAUCAAGAUCCCACAAAAAACAGCCAAGCUCAACCUGCUUGUGGGACUCUUCUAUGUCUUUGGGAUCAUUCUCUCACCGACAGGGAGCCUGCCAAUGUUCUGAAAGAGAGCAUUAUUUCUUUCUUAUUUUUAUGUUGCAAAGGAAAUUGACUUAAUAACUUGUCAAUGUUUCUUUUAAAUUUUUUUUGUUUUCGAAGGACUGGACUUUGUACAUUCUUAAUAAUUUAUAGCUCAUUUUUGCCCUCGUCAGUGGAAAGCCCAAAAUCAUGAAAAACACACAAUCAAGCUUAAACUGCUAGUUUGUUGUUCAUCAGUUUAGUUUCUGCUUACUGGAAGACGCUAGCUGGAAAUGUCAGUAUUCUAUGAACCGGUGUGUGAACAAGGUGUUUGGAUCUGCUUUGUGUAACUUCACUUACAGACACCAGUUUUUUUUCAGGAGUUUGGGGAGUAUUUGUGAGGUGCAGGUACUAAACUGACAGAUGUCUGAAUCCACUCAGUUCCACACAGUGUAGAAAUAAACAGGGCCUGAUGUACUGUGUUUUAAUGCUUUAGCACCCUGACACUGUCGUGCAUGUCAUGAGCAGCUGGUAAGUCUGAAACUGAAGCUUUCCAUCUUUCAAGAAAGGAGAAUAAAAUGUGAUUUUUGAACAUCUAUAAAUAACUGUCUUUGAUAAAGAUUUGAACAUCAUCAGGUCUUUAAAAAAAUAAAUGACAUUUUAUCA